AAGCGGAAGUGGCAUGUUUGACGGCGGCGGUGCUGCUGCGGCUGCGUGUGGAAGAGGAGCUCGGGGUCGUUGGUUUGCAAGGUUUUCCUAUCUUGGGGGUUUAUCCUUGUCACCGGCCGAAGGAAGGUUUCCCGUCUCUAUGCUGGCCGCCUUGGGAUUGACGCCGCCAUUAUGAUGCCUGUCUUCAGAAGCAGCCGCCGCGACUUUGCCUUCGGGCCGUGGAAGCUAACGGCCGCUCGGACCCACAUCAUCAAGUCGGCCGAUGCCGAGAGGUUAGCUGAAGAACUGCACAUGCCAUGUGUUCCGGAAAUGAUGUUUGGUGACAAUAUCCUAAGAAUUCAGCAUGAACUGCUUUUUGGCAUAGAGUUCAAUGCAACUGAUGCUUUAAAAUGCGUAAAUAACGCCCAAGGAAUGGUUAAAGUUGCUUGUGCAGAAGAGUGGCAAGAAAGCAGGUCUGAGCCCGAACACACAAAGGAAGUUGUUAAACCAUAUGAUUGGACUUACACAACAGACUAUAAAGGAACUCUGCUUGGUGAAACACUAAAGUUAAAAGUUUCUUCCACAACAGAACAUAUAGAUACAGAGAAAUUAAAAGCCAGGGAACAGAUAAUGUUUUUUGAAGAAGUGCUCUUGUUUGAAGAUGAACUUCAUGAUCAUGGGGUUUCAAGUCUGAGUGUCAAAAUUAGAGUAAUGCCUUCCAGUUUUUUUGUGCUGUUGAGGUUUUUCUUGCGAGUUGAUGGAGUUCUUAUUAGGAUGAAUGAUACAAGAGUUUAUCAUGAGGCUAACAAAUCAUACAUAUUGCGGGAAUAUACCUCUAGGGAAAGCAAAGUAUCAAAUCUAAAGCACAUUCCCCCAACACUUUUCACGGAUCCUAAUGAGAUUGCCCAGUAUUUGCCUGUCAAAGAAAAUAUUUGCGAGAAGCUGGAAUUUCCUGAGAACUCAUGUCAUGAAUCUGCAGCUGCACCAGAAGGCACUUAAUGAGAUCAGCAUAAUCUGUUGAACUUGAUAUAGAUCCUGUUCUUAUCUUCUUGGCCCUUAGCACUGAAGAUGCUGGAUGAAGAUCUGUCUUGAGGCCUGGCUAAAAUUUCUGUAGCCUUGGGUGGGUGAAGCUAACUUGGAAGUUUUUCCUGUACCUUCAUUGUGUCUCUGUUUUGAAUAUGCUCUCAUCUAAUAGGAAAUUGCUGUUACUGAUAUUGGAGAGUAAUUCCCCAAAUCAGGAUCAGUUAUAUUAAAGUAUGCAACAUUUCAAGAAAGACUGCACAGAUGUUCAAAAAUCAAAACAGAACAAGAGUCCUUCAUAAGUGCAGUAACUUUUAAGGAUGUUGUUUUAACAUAGUCUUUUGUUAUAAAAGGACUUGUGUUUCAUAUAGUGUGAAAGAGAAUAAUUAAUUAUGUUUCUUCUCUAGGUUAAAUUUGAUUACUUUGUUGAGGGAUCAUUGAUGCUUGAUCAGUUCAUGAAAUUUAAUGUAUAUUGAAUGAUAUUCUUAAUCCUCAUUUGCUUGCUGCCUGUCUUAUCAGAUAUCAGCUUUGUUACCUUCUAAAUAAAGCAAAAUCUUUCACUAAUUGUAAAACAAGCAAGCUACAUAAUAAGUUUACAGAUAACAAUAGGAUCCAUUUUUGCCUGAUUCCUACCAUUCUGUCAUAAAUUAGAUGUUAAUAUGGUAUCACAGAUUGAAAUUGUUAAUGCUCCUCCUUGUCAACCUGAAGUUACCUCCUUUUAAAUAUAUUGCAAGUUUAUAUUGAUUAGAUUGUUAAUACAAAUUAAAUUCUUAUAAUAUUUGUAACAGAAUAUAAAGUAUUAGUAUUGGCCUAUUGCAACUAUGACAGACACGCAUAUCAGUAUUUUUGAUAAAAAUGAUUGCACAUAUAUUUAUAAAAUAGUUACCAAACUGCAUCAUUCAUAUAUUUCUUAUAGAAGAUAGUAGACUCAUAAAAACUCAGUCUGGUACAGUAUAAAUAUAUACAGUUCUCUGAUAUGAUUUUUCUUAUCUAUUGCCUCAAGGGAGAAGAGUGAAAAUCAAUAAGACUGCUUGUUUUGUCCUUAUUCUGUGUUUCAAUUUUCUUACUUGAAAAAGCCAAAUAACCCUUUCAGAAGUACAGAGAUGAGGCAGUCUAAUUCAGUGUCCAUUGUAUUAGCAACAAAUUGCAUUGGGUCUUAUGCAGUGUGUUAAGAGUAAAGAUGUAGGUUAACUUCUAGAUUUUUAAACCAUAUUAAGCCUUGCCUGAAACAACAUUGGAUAUUUACUACUUUGACAUAGUACAAAGGUAAACAUUCAGCCAGGCAGGGAUUUGGUUUGCUUUGAAAAAAAGAGUAUGCUUUUCCAAUACACAUGUUGACUCAAGAAUUUAUUAAGAAAAAUACAUUGAUCCUACAUCUUGAGAGAACUUUAACUGUAUAUACUGCAUAGCUAGUCAUGAUUACUGGUCAUAUAACAAAAUAGAAUUGAUAAUUAGACUGCAAAAGUGAUUGGGAUAAAAUAGAAGAAGAAACAAGAAGCAAAAAGAUUUCAAAAGCAAGGGCAAACAACACUUACAAAUAUAAAAUUAGUCAUAUUUUAAAAUUUCUUUCAAGAAGCUAAAUUUAUUUUAGUUAUUUGUCCUACAACAAAUAGUUGCAUAUAACUGUCAAAUUCAGACCAGAGAGGGACAGAAAACUGGAUCCUUAUCCCUGUAUUAUGCAUAUUCUACUUGACAUUUAACAGUAGUGAAAUCUCCUGUGUGGGAUUUGUUCUUGUAAACAUUUCUUUGUGAAAUUAACCAAAUUCAUACCUUCAAAAGGUAUAUUAUACCAUCAAUAUUUACAACUUUGAAGUUAAUGGAAGUUACAUUGUAUAUCCCUUCAUUUCAGUAGCACUUGUGCAGAACUAUUUACUAAAGUUGUACUCUUGUCAGCAUGAAAAAGGCUUAUGUUGUUUAGUAAGAAACAUGUAAUGGUUUGUGUUCGGUCACAAAAUAAAAAAGUUGCAUUUA